UUGAUGUAUAUGUAGAUUAAAUAUUUGUGUGAGGUUGUCAAAUGUUGAAUUAGUUUGAUAUUCAUAGUUUGUAAAUUUUUUUGGGUUGCUGUAUUGUUCAAAUUAUUUAGUUGAAUGUUGAAUCAGGUGAUAGUUAUAGUUUGAAUUAAGAUGGACGAAGAUCAAUGGACAUAUUACAGUGCGAUGUCCGAAGAAGUUGAUAUGGAUUUUCAAGAUGAAGAAGAUUGUGGUGUGAAUGAAGCACAUGUUGAUUGUUCAGAUGCUUUUAAUACUUCUCAGGUAAUCAUGUCGAUCAGUUUUAAUUGUUUGGUCUAAUGUAUGAUUUGUGUAAAAAUUAAUAUGUCGUGGUUGUGUCCUAAGUCUUUGCAACCCGAGAAGAUGUUUUGAAGUGGGCUCGAACGGUUGCCCAUGAAAAUGGUUUUGUUGCAGUAAUUAUGAGGUCUGAUACAUAUAUUGGUAGCAGAGGAAGAACUUCAUUUGUGUUAAUUGGGUGUGAAAGGAGCAGUAAGUACAAGUGUAGGAAGAAAGAAUUUGUUAGAAGAGACACAUGCACUAGAAAAUGUGGUUGUCCCUUUAAGAUUCGUGGAGAACCAGUGCAUGGAGGUGAAGGUUGGGCUGUGAAGCUGAUAUGUGGGAUUCACAACCAUGAAUUGGCGAAGACCUUAGUUGGACAUCCAUAUGCUGGGAGAUUGACAGAUGAUGAGAAGAAUAUCAUUGCUGAUAUGACGAAGUCGAAUGUGAAACCAAGAAACAUCCUGCUAACAUUGAAGGAGCACAACAACAGAAGUUGCACCAUAAUCAAACAAAUCUACAAUGCAAGAAGUGCAUAUCGUUCUUCAAUCAGAGGAGAUGACACUGAAAUGCAACACCUAAUGAGGCUCCUUGAACGUGACCAAUACAUUCAUUGGCAUAGAUUGAAGGAUGAAGAUGUGGUGCAUGAUUUGUUUUGGUGUCACCCAGAUGCAGUUAAGUUAUGUAACACAUGUCAUCUUGUUUUUUUUAUAGACAGUACUUACAAAACAAAUAGGUACAGGCUCCCAUUGCUUGACAUUGUGGGGGUGACACCAACCGGGAUGACUUUCUCUGCUGGAUUUGCAUAUCUGGAGGGUGAGUGCGUGAAUAAUCUUGUAUGGGCAUUGGAACGGUUUCGAGGCCUUUUUUUAAGAAACGAUUGCCUUCCUGUUGUUAUUGUCACAGACAGAGACCUAGCCCUGAUGAAUGCUGUGAAAGUUGUGUUUUCGGAGUGUACAAAUUUGUUGUGCAGGUUUCACAUAGACAAGAAUGUGAAGGCAAAGUGCAAAUCGCUAAUUGGUCAGAAGAAUGCCUAGGACUACGUAAUGGAUAGCUAGGGUAACCUGGUAGAUUGUCCUUCGGAACAGGAGUUCCCUAAGCACCUUCAAAGGUUUCAAGUAGCAUGUUCCCCGUGGCCAAUGUUCGUUGACUACGUAUGUGAGACAUGGAUUGUCCCACACAAGGAGAAAUUUAUCUUGGCUUGGAUGAAUAAGGUGAUGCACCUAGGCAACACAACAACAAAUAGGGUUGAAUUUGCUCAUUGGUCUUUGAAAAUGGUAUUACAGAAUAGCGUUGGAGACCUCUGUAGUGUUUGGGAUGCAAUGAACAACAUGAUGACGCUACAACACACUGAAAUUAGAGCAUCAUUCGAAACAAGUACGCAUGUCGUUGGUCAUGUUUUUAAGAAAACCUUAUACAAGAGGCUUCUAGGAAUGGUGUCAAGGUACGCUUUAAAUGAAAUUUCGGUUGAGUUUGAGCGCGUACGUCAUUUGAAAGACAAUCUGUCUUCUUGUGGGUGUGUCUUGAGAACCACGCUAGGUCUUCCUUGUGCAUGCGAGCUACAAAGGUAUGAUGGUGGCAGCAUCCCACUGGAUGCAAUCCAUAUGUACUGGAGGAGACUUAAUUUUUCAGACCAGGGGCUAUGUGAGGCCGAAGUGAGCAUCAAGGAAGAGAUUGAUAGAAUACAUAAAAGAUUCGAGGAACUUGAUGUUUGCGGGAAAGUUACUCUCAAGAGUAAACUCCGAGAAUUCGCGUUUCCCGAUGAGACCACUAUGUGCUCUCCUCCAACAAAGGUUAAGACGAAAGGUGCCCCGAAAAAGGUAAUGAAAAGAAGCGAAAGAUCGACAAAGCGUGAUCCGUCUUAUUGGGAGUAUGUUGAUGCUUAUCAUUCAGUUCAAAACAACAACACCUCAGUCAGACCCAGUGCAUCAUCAAUUUCCGCCAUUUAUGCAAGGUUUCAUUGAGGAUGUUGUUGAUGUGAAAGCGGAUGGUAAUUGUGGAUAUUGGUUAGUUUUCGCUUUGUUAGGUAUGGGAGAAGAGUGUUGGGCCAUGAUGCGUAACGAAUUGAUUAAAGAACUUGGCAAAUGGUCGCAAGACUACAUAAAGAUCUUUGGUGGCACGGAGAGAUAUGAACAACUGAGGUUGUCCCUACACGUGGAUGGGUUAUCCAAGGUUAGUAUGGACAAAUGGAUGGAUAUAACGGAUAUGGGAUAUGUAAUUGCGUCAAGAUAUAAUGUAAUCCUUGUAUCGUUGUCACGACAACAGAGCUUCACAUUUUUUCCUCUCAGAAGUCGACCACCGGCCGAUUCUGCUGCGCACCGCAUGAUAUGAGUUGAAAAUUCGUUAUAUCCAUCCAUUUUUUUCCUCUCAUAAUCAUGUGUUUGGCAGUCAUUUUGUUCAGGUCCAUUGAAAAUUCGUUUACUCAAAUAAUUUCAAUUAUUGAAUGAGUUGGUUUGUUUGUUUAAGUUAUUAUUGUAAAUUCACUUACAACAGGUUUAUCUGAAAUAUCGUUGUCCCUUAUCGCCUAUGGCGCUGUUGUGGUCAAGCAAUGCGUAUCCGGAGGCAAAACAAUGGCCAACUGCAUAUGUAUGUAGAAUGCAGCAAUACUUAAGCCUAAUGACAAUUAAUACAACGCAUGUAGACCUAAGCGGACACUGAACUUGUAAUAUUUAUGUAUCUAUAUUUACAUUGGAUUUAUGUUCAUGUAAUUAAUGAAUUGUUCCGUGAACAAGUGUUAGUGUGUCAAAUUGUGUUGAACUGAAUGCUAGUUAUAUGUUUCUAACA